AGAGAAGCGUGAACAUUGCACUCUACCUGUGUGUGGUCUUCGCCAUACAUUUUAUUUUUCAGGUGAGUGACCCUGUCUUGACCUGGGACAGGAAAUGCCAUCUCAAACGGUGCUAAUGGCAAAGACAGACAGAAGGUGGGUGGAGGGUGCGGCAAGACUCCAGACGAAGAUUAUCUGCUAACUGUCCUUUAACUAGCACACUUCAGUCUCAACUUACACGGUGGCAAACUGAGUUAUAUAUAUAUACACAAAUUAUUUUUUAUGACCAUGUUUGUGGGCCACAGAAAGAGGACAACACAAACCAAGGUAUAAACACAAGGAUAGUUCUACUGAAUUAAGCAGGCACAAUAACUCCUCUUCUUGCCUUUUGUCGGCGCCUGCGACUGAAAUGAAAUUGCUCCAACAUCUCCAAAACUUUUUUUUUCAUUUUCACCAACCGGAAGCGCCACGCCACCCAUGCUUUCUGCAGUAACCAAAAUCCUUCCCCAACCACAGCUUAUGGCGGUGAUAACCUGACCUCUGUGACCUCCGACAGGUGCUGCUUCCUUACACCCGAGAGUUCGUGACUGGCGCUUUUUUUGUUUGUUUGUUUUUUUAAUGAAGCGUGUGACGAUGGCACGUUUGCGCUGGGACUCACCUCAGCCGUGCUACCAGGCCUCGGCGACAUUGUGGUGAGAGGUAGUAACUAUGGACACGCAGCUUAUCUAUGGCUUCUUGAAGUACAAUCAAAUUUUUCUUUAAAAACUGGUAAAGAUGGUGGGAUGGUGUGCGUGUGUGUGUGUGGUGGUGGUGGUGUGUGGCAGGGGGAUGUUAGCGUGAUGCUCGUGACGGAUGUGUGACCUCUGACACCCAGGGUGUGGCCACAGAGCCAAAUCACGAGGGCUAGUCACAGGAUACGGGCGUCAACAAGACACGCUACUGUUAUGAUGCUACUUCGCGCACAACUGUUCUUCACCGCCAUCACCACCAACCACCACCACCACGAACACACCCCCACAGCGUUGUCUCAACAUCUUUCAGCCCGGUGAAGUACUUCUUGACCAGUUGUUUUGCUCCUGACAGCAAGAACCUAACACGAACCUGCACCAACAUUACUACAAACAAUAAAACACUGUGCCAUGCUGGAGGAGUCUCUGUUCUGGACCAGCUGAGACUGGAAGCCUUCUGCUCCAGCACUUUUCCUCCCGCAACCUCCUUUUCUUCCUCGCCAACUGGCGGUAACAAACGGCUGUGACCUUGCGUACUCUAAUCACUAGUAUCUGGCAUUUACGACGCCAAGGUAUCCAUCCUCGCGCCGAUGGUUCGCGAACAUGCACGUGUUGAUGCAUGCAUGCGUGUGUGUGUGUGGGUGAAAGCGCGCGGGUACACAGGUGCAGAUGUAUGCAUGGAUGGGGAAAUUCCCCGGGUGUCGUAAACAUGCCAGCGGACCAAGGAAUGAUGAUGUCACACUCCGAAUACCUGAACCAAGGUCGAAACCAAUCAACUUAACAGAGGGGAGCAGUUACAAUAAAACUCAACAGGCCGAGACCUAUCAAACUAACAUCAAGCAUCGAGACAGCAAUCAACAAUGGCAACAAUUACAAGUCAUAACAUCCCCCCCUCCUCCCAUUAUCCAAUGACAAUAACGGACACAUUUAGCUGGCUGCUCACAACAACAUCCCAACGCAAACCGUCCAUCACAUCAAACCGCUGAUUCCCACCAUCACCACCUGGCUGAAGUCAACUAAGAUCAAGUGGAAACUGAUAUUGCACUCGGCGAAAUGACGAGGAGAGGGGAGAUAAAAUCUGUGGAUAGGUGACGUGAAAAUAUGGCAACAAGUAGAGAAAAUAAUAAAACACACACAAACACACUAACAAACAUGCUGGAAGCAAGACGAGAUGCUGACUGCAGUAGCAGCAAGGUCAGUGCCAGGCGCCAGGUCAGGCCCCUAGUGUAGGGUUUCAGCGGAUGGCGCGGCAGCCCGCGCAAUACUUUCUUCCCCAGCAGCUGCCCCUCCGGGCGCAGUCUGCCAGCCCCAAGUGUCUGCCUCACCUGCAGACGAGCACCUUCCUCCUCCCCCUCCCCCCACUCCCCCUCCCGCCCUACCCUCACACCUGGCGCUAACUGCGACCUGCGUCUGUAUGACAGGCCACAGCAGGACGUGCCUCCUAGCGGAGUAGAACUUGUGUAGGUGCGCUCGUACAUCACCUACCGUUAGGACUGACAGGUGAACAAACGAUGGCCUCACUGGCCUUUAGUAGUUCUUGGAAAUGACAUAGUAGUGCAGCCCCCCAACGUUCCUUGCCUCCCUCCCUGGCAUUCUCAGACUUCGUAAGCUCUGCCUCCCCGACCCCCUGCCAGGCUUCUCCGGUUGCUGCCCCAGCUGUGGCAACUGCAGGACGGCUGCCAAGGGACUGCACCAAGGCCAAGCACGGGCAGACAACCCUACUGGCGGCGGUCGUGGGUGUCGGAGUGUGCAAACAAAUGGACUACAAACUGACCGAUCGUCAGUCUACAAAUCACUGCAGCAGCAGCAGCCAGCGAGCGGCGGAGGCAGUAGUGGCUCCCACAACUUCUGACUGAUCGCGUGAGAGCGCCGACGGCGGAGAUGGUCUUAUCGGCUACUCACAUCACCACCUGAGGUGGGCACGGAGCUGUGAGGGUUUGCUUUGUCUGUCUUCUUCAUUUACUUCCGCAAACUUCACUCCUCUCUUCCUCUCGCCCUCCCCCAUAUUCCACUAGUCAUCGUCUGGGUGCUGAAAACAUUAAAAAAAAAAAAAAUUCGGAAAUUUUCCAACCGAGAGCUUGAGAGUACUCGCGGGAUCAUGUUGUCAGAAUCUGAGAAGCAGGAAUGUUCCGGACAGGAGGCAAAAGAAAAGGUGUGUAAUUAUGUUCCCCGCUCCGCAGGUGCCUCUUCAGGUGUGUUUCUGGCGCGAGGGUGAUGCGAACAACCGCGGCCACCGCGCCGCCGAGGGCUGUACAAAUGAAGGCCAGGUGUGCUGCGAGAUUAGAGAAAAAUAGAAACUUCACUUUUGCAAGUCCGGACUGAAUUUUCCUGCAGGUUGUGUUCUGCGGGUGUCAGGAGUGAUCGGCAGCCCGCGGUGUCUGGGGGCCAAACCCUCCUCCGCCCAGCCCUCGCAAAAUGUGUUGGCUCCACGGCCUCUUGCGAUGUUCACUUUGCGUGGAAGACCAGCGGGUCCGGAGCUUACAGCGGAUGAAGACAAGAUUUCUGAAGAACACCGGUCGACCUACCUCUGCAACAUGUGUCUUGGAUUCUCAGCAUCAGUACCUAGUGAUGCGGAUGGGAUUAUGGGUCUCGUGUGUUGGUGAUGUGAUGUGUCGCAUGGUGUAAGGCAAUACUUCACCUGGAUUAUCUUCUGGUUACCUGCGGGUGCUUGCUGCCCCCUUUCAUUCCCGGUCUGAGGGACGCAGGGAGGUGUCAUCGCGCCUGACAGCAGCAAACAGCACGGAGGCGACACUGUCAGCUUGACUACUUAUGGCAUCACAGAGGAGGAGGCUGUGAAGGUGAUGUGCCAAGGGGAGCGAAAUGCGGGACGCCACCUGUCGCCUCCUGGAAGAACUCGAACCAAAGCGCUCUCGGCCACCCAUUGGAAGACUUCUUGUAGUUGUUCCUCCGGUCUUCCCCGUCACAGUUCACGGUACCGGCCGCAGCGCCCGUACCAAGCAGACCAUGACGGCGAGCGCCAGCGACACUGGGGCGGGGGUGCCGUCUAGUCACCUGCCACGCUCAACGUUCGCCGUCGGGAGAACAACAACAGCAGCAGCAGGUGAGAGCCAGCAUGGCCGUCAGCUUCGAUCUGCCGAGGGAGGAGCUGGACUUUAGCUGGGCCUGGGUCAACGACACUGGCUACAACCUGUCGGGCGGGGGCAACCUGACUGCCGGAGCAACAACAACGGCGCCGGAAGCCUUCAACUGGGGCAUCCUGGUGCUGGCGCCGCUGGUGGUGUUCGGCAUCGCCGGCAACACGCUGGUCAUCCUGGCCAUCUCGCUGGAGCGACGCCUGCAGAACGUCACCAACUACUUCCUGCUAUCGCUGGCCGUCACCGACCUCCUCGUCUCCCUCAUCGUCAUGCCCCUCAGCAUCAUGAACGAGUUCACAGGCAAGUGGCUGUUCGGCCUGAUCCUGUGCAACCUGUUCGUGACGGCGGACGUGUUGAUGUGCACCUCCUCCAUCCUGCACCUGUGCACCAUCUCGCUGGAGCGCUACAUCGGCAUCCGCUACCCGCUGUGGACCAAGAACAAGUCCAAGCGCACGGUUCUGCUCAAGAUCGUCCUGGUCUGGACGCUCGCUGUCGCCAUCACCUCGCCCAUCACCGUGCUGGGCCUGGUCAGCGAGGCCAACAUCUACCAAGACCAGCAAUGCUUGCUCAGCAACCAGCACUUCAUCCUCACCGGCUCCGUCGUCGCCUUCUUCAUCCCCCUGACCAUCAUGGUGGUCAUGUACGCGCUGACCGUCCGGAUGCUCAACCGCCAGGCCCGCAUGUGCACGGCGGACGAGCCAGGAGGCGAAGGCCAGCCCAUGAUCCGCCGCUCCACUAGUCGCCGCCACUGGCAACGGCAAAGCCGCCGCGGCGAGAAUGCGACGGGAGGGUCGCUGACAACGCACCGAUCGCAAGAGCCACUCAGUGCCACCAGCUCCUACCCGCUGGGUCCAAGCGGAAGCAGCAGUACCCGGUAUACCCAGCGCUACCAGCCGCUCAGCAAGCGCAACACCGUUCCGCUCUACCCCAAACGCAAGCCGCCGCGACUACCACCGCCUUCCUCCUCCUCGCCUUCGUCCUCGCCGCGUGGCAUGAAUGGCACCGCGGGGGAGUACGAGCUGUGCAACGGGUCCAGCAGCGAGACUCCCUCUAGCAACAGCCCCGACCGCGGUGGUGGCGGAUGCUGGCGGCUGGGAAGCGGCAAGUUACAGCAGAAGAACAGCGUCAACGGUCGAGAGCCAAAGCGCCUGCGCGAGCUGGUGCGCAAGCAUCACGUGGCCGUGAAGGCGGCCAACAUCCUGCUGAUGCGCAAGGAUCUGGUCCGCAAGGAUAACAGCGCGGUGCAGACGGAGCAGAAGGCCUCCAAGGUACUAGGCGUCGUCUUCAUGAUCUUCGUGGUGUGCUGGGCGCCAUUCUUCGUGAUGAACGUCCUGCGGGUCCUGUGUCCGGCCUGCGCCUUCUCGCCCACCCUCUUCACCUUCUUCGUGUGGCUGGGCUACGCCUCUAGCACCCUCAACCCCAUCAUCUACACCGUGUUCAACAAGAUCUUCAAGCUCACUUUCCUCAAGCUGCUGUGCUGCCGUUACGGCCAUCUGCACCGCGGCCGUCGUCGCAGCGGCGCCGGUCCUUCCACGUCACGGGGACGAGCAAGCCACGGCACCUCCUCCACCGGCCUCAUUACCUGUAACUCUUUCUGCGGCCAUGGCGGUAGCAACAGCAUGGAGGAGUCCAUGUGCUGACGUCACGUCCGGCUGAUCGGCGCGAUCUUGCCGUUAAAAACCCAAAAACCAAAACCGUGAACGUUAACCCUCAGGAGAGGAUGUUUCGGGUCCAAGUGAGGGGGACUCCUACUUCACGUCUGUGAGGGAUGGGGAAAGGAGGAGGACAGAAGAUAUACAGUGUCUUGUGGUGUCGAUGUGUGAAGUGUAACCACCUCUCCUUGCUCUUACUUCGCGCCGACUGUGGACUACUUCAGGUCAGCGGCCCGCUGUGAAAAAAGUGUUAAAUAUCACAGUCAUUCCCUAACCUCUUCCCCCCAAACGACCCCACUUCAUCCCAGGUUUGUCCAAGGCGUGACCUUCGAUAUUCCGACAGUGUCCAUCGGCAAUCAAUAGCCGACACAGCAACUUGCAUCCUCUGUGGGCCAAAAGAAGAGGACGGAUUGGUCAGACAGUGUCACAUGCUGCGACACAUUAUGCAAGAGGGAAGCGCGUGCGCGAGACUGUGGACGUCCCGACAGGGAUGUGGAUGUGCUAGGUGUGAGUCACUACUGCUGUGCAAUCGUAGACUGCUGGUCUUUCUCAUGUCUGUGAUGUUUUCGGAAGAGGGUUUUCCGUUUUUCUUGCCUAUUUUUUUUUUUCGAGCAAAGGUUUUUAGUGACAAGCUUCUUCUGUCGCUGUAGGUUCGACCAUCAACACAGGCUCGGUUGGGCCAAACUCUCAAUCUGUGCUCGCUCAUUUUUGUUUAGUCCACAAAUCGCACGGAACUCUAAAAAUGCCAAAAGUAGAUGAGAAGCGGGGGUUGUGGGUUGGGGGAGAGGGAGGAACAAGGGAGGGUGGAGUUAUUUUCCAGACGGAGAAUGUAUACACGUUACUUCCGACAUGUUACGUUGAUAUUACACACAGUGUCACGUGGUUGACGUACUGCAAAUCACAAUCUAAGCGAAUGAUUGGCAUGAACUCUAUUUUUUUCCCCAUAAUUUUGCGGGACAUUGGCCAAGCUGAACAGCUUUAACACUAUUUGUUUGUCAUACAGAGCAGGGUUAACAACAUUGCCUCCCAGACUUCUACCCAGCACUUCAACAAAAUAUUUAAAAAAAAUCCAGACUCACUCCUUUCUAUCUCUCACAGACACACUGUCUCUCUCUCUCACACACACACACCCAACAUCAUAAGACAGCCUGUCAAGAACUUGUCCUUGUAAUGGAGUUUCCUGUUUUUGAUUGGAAGAGACACAGCGCGAAAAUGAAAUGACAUCAUCUCAUUUAUUAUUUUUUUUUUCAAAAAAAAACAAAACAAACCCCAUCCCUUGAAAAUGUGGGGAGUGGGUAGCAGAGGUUUAAAUUUAGAGGCACUGUGAGGAAUACUAAGUGCCAGCAGACGACUUUAUGAAAUUUUGUAAGACUGUAAAAAAGAUUGUAGUGGCGGGUAGAGGCUUAAAUUUGGAGACGCUGUGGAGAGUUCUUAAGACCCAGCAAACGGCUUUUUUUUUUUUUUUGAAGAUUUCUUUUGAAUUGUGCAAUGUCUUAGGAUUACCCAGUGGCGAAAUGAAUAAGCGAUGCAAUCAGUAGUGCUGCUGCUGAAGUAGGCUGAACAAAAUGACACUGCACAAAAGAAUAGUCUCACUGUCAUCCUACUUUCCUUUUGUAAUGAAAUAGAGUUGCCGAGUUUUUCACCAAGGCUGUUAUUUGGACCGAUGAACCGCUCCAGAAGUUACAAACUGUUACAGACAUGCAGACUGUAUCUGUGCUGCAGCCAAUAUAGUUGUAGAUGUCAGGACAGUUCUGGGGCUAAGCUUUAUAAUUCAGCAGAGUACACACUGGGGGCAGGACAAUAUUAUACUAAACAUUGUUGUUUACUCGCGCAGCACCACAACCACAACAGGUUGCGCUGUGUUGACCAACAAUAAUGCAAGGAAAUCACAUUGAAAACGCUAGCGGACAAUACAUAAUGUAUAUAAAACACUCAGCCACCGGCUAAAGAAUACACCGGUAAUAAAACAGAAAAUCAAGUAACCAAAUAUACUUGAAUAAUGAAGUAUAAUGUAAAAUGAAUUGUAUUGAUGCAUAAUAUUAGCAACAUGACAAGCAAUCAUAGUAUUUUUUUAAACAAAUAGUUGUCAUAAGCAAUUAAAUUCUGUAAUUCAGUGUCACGAAAGUGGUGUGGACACGACUUCCACUGUUUAGACGGAGAACAUGGAUGCGUGGAUGAUGAGAUGGACAGAGCGAAAGUUUCUAGUCAGAGUGUGGACAGAGAGGUCAGUAAACAAUCCGUAGGGAACUGAAAGCUUACAGUCCUUUCUUGUUUUAACUGCUAGCCAGUCAACAGCAUGCAGAAUAAUAAACUGUGGCCAAAACGGUGCGUCUGUCUGUCUGCACAAUUUUUCUUCGAGCGACAGCCAACCCCAGGGUGGAUUGGCAUUCCCCACCGAGUUAGGUGACGAGCGCGCAUCCACCUCAUACUUCACACUAACACUAACACUAACUAAAGUCUAACUCACCACAAACUUACAGAUUACACUUCUCGAUCUAACAAACUAAUUACUACUAACAAUAAAUAAAUAUACCAAACAAACAAGACAAAAAAAUUAUAUUUAAAAACUGAUGUCAUUGAUGAGAAUCGAACUCAGACAUUAACGCAACUGAUUUUGUCCUACAGCAGCUACAUUAAUCAUAGUUAUCGGUAUGUUGCCUAACUCGGGUAGGAAAAGAAAGUGGCUGGUUGUGGAGCAUGUGAGGUCCCCCCUUGUCCGGCUCGGGAGGGAUGUGAAGCCAGUGGCAGGGUGACACGAGGCCAGCCGAUGGAGGAGGAGGGAGAUGUGGCGGCCGCCCGUUGUGAAUUAUUAACCAGCGGCGCAUGCCAACGGCUUACGUGGGAACACGUUGGUCGUGACAGGAGCAGGAGGAUCAAUAGCCCACGACGCCGCCAGCUUGAGUUGGGGGAAAUGCUAGGCUGACCAGGGGUUUGUCCUACCGCCACCUGUGUGUGUGUCAACACACUUAUAGAAGCUAAACACAAUCAAACAUUAAAUUAAGCUCAACGAAGUUAGCAUAACAGCUGAUUUGCUACAAAAAAGCGUUGCUAAUUUUUUAAAUUAAUUUUUGUGAAAAACACACCUGGUUCGACCGAGAUUCGAACCUGCGACUACAAGAACACAACUAGUUACAGAGGCAUGUACUAAUUAAAAGUUUACCCCAUCAGCGAAGAAUGUCCAAACCCCCGGAACAAAAAUAUUUGAAAAUUUCUAUUUUGAAAAUUAUUUCUGUUAUAGAAUCAAACUUUUGUGUAUACAAAUAACUUUGCCUCCGGGUUAGCCGUUAACGUGACUGGAACACCGAAACGUUGCUGGCCGCGUGAAUCAGGUAACCUCGGUGUCACGUGGUUGACGAGCGUUGGCCGCAGAGAGCCGGCGAUGAAUCAGGAUGGCAGGACACCGCCGCGCCUCCAGCAAGCAUCAGUCUCCCUCUCCACUUCACGGAUUAUGUGGCACGCUGAUUGGGUGGACCUCUUGGAAAUCUCUCUCUCUGUGUCUGCAUGACGUCACUUCCGUCGCAUUACAGCCCGACUCACGCCACAGACCGCUUUGUAAAGAUUUUGCUCGUCUGGGGGGGGGGGUGGGAAAAGAGCAACACCAUGUCAUUAACCGCUUUUUGGCUGACAUCCGAAACGUUCCAUCUCUCAGUUGUGUGUGUGUGAGGGUGAGAGAGAGAGAACACAAGUCACGUGUCUCUCACUCACACAUCAGACGAUGCCAUGGCUCAUGUUUUCCACAGUCAGUGUCUGGCGAGAUUAGUAAAACAAACAAUUACUCUUCUCUCCCCCUCCCACCACAUCCACAUCGAUCAGCCUCCAAACAAAAUCUGACAAUGGUCUCGCCUUUGUAAGACUCAUCGGAAAACCAUCUGUACCAUCGUUACAUUUUUAUUUUCAAAAACCACUCUGCACUUCUAUUCGUCCACAUCAUCGAUUUUAUAUUAACUCGUAGAUUUGACGAUGACUAGCGCUGAAAGCUUUCAUGGCUACGUCAGCUCUGUGUGUGUGUCUGUUUGUUUGUCUGCCCACACGUGCAACUGUGAUGCAUAGCAAUUCUACUGAAAGGCAGCGACAGAAACGCGAGGUCAAAGGGCAGAGUGAUGAUGGGUCAAGACGGACUCAACGUUUCGUCACAAAACUGAUUUUCAGCGUGUCUGUUUACGUGGAUCAAACAUCCAUCAUGCCCGGCAACGUGAUCCUAUCAACGUAAAUAAUAAUAAAAAAAUAAAUUGAAUGAUGGGAAAAAAGCUCGGACGAAAAGGCAACCGUUGCCCACGCACAAUCGUCCUCCAUCUCAGGUGUUUGUAAGGGGGCUCUGUGCAUCUUGUCGUUGAGACAAACAUGAUUGUUGACGAUGUGUCCUGAGGUACUGGCCGUGUUGUGUUGCUCCUUGCUUUGCUGCUGAUCGCCAUUCGUCAGUCAGGGAAGUCAUUUUACGCCUUGUCCCAGGCGCACCGAGAACGUGGCUUUCGCGAGCCUCUGGUGGCCGAAAAAAGCCAGCUGCCAGAGAAAUAAACCCCCGGCGUCAACUAUUUCGCAAUGCUUUCUAGUCCACAGAUGCCAGUAAAGUUUACAUUUAGUGCAGCUUUGGUGUUUGGUUAAUGAGUCAUGAAAGCGCCAGCAAGAAAGAACGAGAGAGAGAGAAAAUGGAAACAAAAGAACGCACAAAACAAAAACCCAGAACGGAUCAUUAAACCAAUAAAGAAACAAACAAACGGAGGGAGAGCUGGAAAAAGAAACGAGAUGAUCAUCAUCUCCACCUGGGGUCACUGUACAAGGGUGACGUCACACACUCGACAUGCGACACCUCCAAGAGUGACCUCAUCGCCGAGUUUCUGGCCGCCAUCGAUCAUCACCUCCUUCCGACUUUUCCGCGAGCCCACCCGCCCGCUAGCCCCGCUGCCGUCCCCAUCCACCCCGCCACACCCCACCCCCACGUGCCCCGCGCGCCUUUCAUCUAUCUCCUAGUUAUGUUUGUCCCCGGUGGCCACGACUUGCCAUUGCAAACUAGCGCACUUUCUUCGCCCCAAAAUUAGGCAUUCAAACCUGCCCGGGUCCAGAAUAUGCAAAUUUGGCUUCCCCCAGUCUGCAGCGGGUGAGGGCAGCACCAGCCCCGUAUACUGCUCGCCGGCUUAUCAAGCCCACAACACACUCUUGUAAAAAUCAUCGGGCUACGACUCCCCAAGCAACCAAGAUCACAGGAAUAAAGUGGUGGGCGAGAAGAAACGAUUGCCAAAGGAGUGAG